UUUAAGUUAAGACAUGCAUAUUCAUUUUUAUAAGACCCAUACAGAUGGCGCAUAGCGUUUUGGUAUAAACGACAUUUUAAAUGCACCAACCUGUGUUAUGUGGAUAGUGAGUGCGUUUUUUUUUUCUUUUCCAUAAAAAAAAUUCUGGUAUUUUUUUCAUUUGACCAAAUAUCGUGCAAUUUUAGAAAUCGGUGAAUGUUCCAGUCGUCCUUGUCAGAAUGGUGUGACGUGUGUUGACAUGGUUAAUUCUUAUCGAUGUUUGUGUUCUACCGGAUAUACUACGGGACUAACCGCCAAGAAGUAGAUCAUUGUCGCAGCCGACCAUGUCAGAAUGGCGCCAUUUGUAGGAAUGCAACUUUCACGUAUUCCUGCAGCUGUCCUUCCAGAUAUACAGGCAAGAAUUGUGAAUCAGCUUUUGUGUCCAGUCACCCGUACCGUCUUAUUGGAAUAAAUAUCAAUGACAAAUACGGUGGUAGGGUAGAAGUGUACCAUAAUGGAGACUGGGGAACAGUUUGCGAUGACAGCUGGGAUAACACUGAUGCCAGAAUUUUCUGCAAGUCCUUAAAUCUUCCAUAUUCCAACGCACUUGCUGUAGAACGUGCAUAUUUUGGGCAAGGUAAAGGAACCAUUUGGUUGGACAAUGUCGGUUGCAUAGGCUCAAAAUCCAAUUUUGGGUCAUGUCGUCACAACGGUUGGGCUGUUGAAGACUGUAGUCACGGUGAAGACGCUGGCGUUCUUUGUUUUUGACUAUGCAUCUUAAAACGGUCUAUUUAGAAAAGCGUCAAUUCCCCCAUCCUAGUCAGUGGCUUAGUGAACCUUAUACGGGGGGAGAGAAAAGUAACAUAUCCGCACUCUGUUUUUUUUCACAAUUUUCACAAUUUUUUUUUAAUUUUGUUAUUUGUUGAUAUUUUGUUCAUGCAAGAAAA